AUGAGUGUCCAAUCGCCUGACCCCCCACUCUCCCCGCUGUCGGAUGACGAGUACCAUUACAGUGACGUGGAGGAGGAAGAAUAUCAGUAUUCUGAGGAUGAGGAUGAUGAUUUGGGUUGCUUGCAGUCCGAUGCUCGCCACUCGGGUCUUAAAAAACAGUACACUGCUCAUACGCUCUCCCCAUUGGGCAGCGGCUCUGCUGCCAAGAAAAAGCGCCUCAGUUCUUGUGGACUCGGUCCUGCUAGUGGCCACAGGCUACAGGACUAUCACGUUAUUGACGAAGAAGAGUUGCUCCAAGAGCAGCAGUCCCUUAUAAGUGAGAUAGCACAGGUGCUAGAAAUAUCAGCUUCUAUGGCUUCCGUGCUGUUGCGCUACUUUGGCUGGAACAAAGAGAAGCUAUUUGAGGGGUACUAUGCAGAUCCAGUCAAGACAAAGCACGAUGCAGGUGUCGAGUAUGCAGGCUCAGCAGCACCCGUUAUUCCCAAGGGAGCUAAGGUAGAUUGCAAUAUUUGCUGCGAUGAGUAUCCAGCCAACGAAAUAUUUGGUAUGGGCUGCGGACAUCUGUACUGUCUUCACUGCUGGAAACCAUAUUUGUCGCUUAAGAUACAAGAAGGACCGAUCUGCGUAACUACUACAUGCCCUGCUCAUGGCUGCCAAGAGGUCGUUAGUGACGUGAUCUUUAAGAAUAUUGUUAGCUCGGAGGACUAUCGCAAGUAUACUCGCUAUGUGCUGCGUUCGUUUGUUGACAUUAACAAGGGCGUCAAGUGGUGUCCAUCUCCAGGCUGUAGCAAAGCCAUCACCAGUGCUGGUGGCUUGUCGUCAGUGACGUGCUCAUGUGGAUGUGUUUUCUGCCUUCGUUGCGGCGAAGAGGCCCAUGCACCUGUGACGUGUGAGCAACUUUUAGCAUGGCAAGAAAAGUGCCGUAAUGAGUCUGAGACGGCCAACUGGAUAUUGGCUAAUACAAAAAAGUGCCCAAAAUGCUCUGUACGCAUCGAGAAAAACCAGGGCUGCAACCACAUGACGUGCCGAAGUUGUAAUUACGAAUUUUGCUGGAUUUGUAUGGAAGGAUGGGCAAAACAUGGAACUGGUACUGGUGGCUACUAUAAAUGCAAUCGGUACGACGCAGACGCACAGACGGAUGAUACAGAUGCAGCACGGGCGAAAGCGGAGCUGGACAGAUACCUACAUUACUAUCAGCGCUUCGCAAACCACUCAGAAGCUGGCAAAUUUGCACAGCGAAUGCGCGAAGGCACAGAAAAUCGCAUGAUUGAGUUGCAGGCGAGUCACGGCGACUCGUCGUGGAUUGACGUGCAAUUUUUAAACACAGCGACAGAGCAGUUGAUUGAGUGCCGACGAGUGCUCAAGUACACAUAUGUGUUUGGCUAUUACCUGCCAACUGGAAAAGAGAAGAAUCUGUUCGAGUAUCUUCAAGAAAAUCUGGAAAAAAAUGCCGAGCAUCUUACCGGACUUUCUGAGAUGCCUUUGGACAAAAUGAAUCGAUCGGAAAUCAUCAACUAUACACGUGUGACAGAAACAUUCCUGCGCAACCUUUUAUCUGGUGUUGAGGACGGUCUGACAGCUAAUUCAACACUUAUGUAG